AUGCGACCAUGUGCCACCCAAUUCGGCCGCUUCAUGCUGCCAUUGAGAACCAGAAACUACUCCAGCAUAACAGAGAACACAUUCGAGCACAUAAAAGUCUCAACGCCUAGGAGCGGAGUUGGUCUAGUCGAGAUCAACCGUCCCAAAGCCCUCAACGCCCUCUUCACCCCCCUCAUCCUCGAACUAAACACCGCCAUGAAAGCCUUCGACAAAGACCCCUCAAUCGGCGCCAUGGUCCUCACAGGCUCCCACAAAGCCUUCGCUGCAGGCGCCGACAUAAAAGAAAUGUCGACAAAAGACUUCGCCGACUCCUACGGCACAGACUUCAUCGAAUCCUGGUCCGAGCUCCCCAACACGAUCAAGAAACCCGUGAUUUCAGCUGUAAACGGCCAUGCUUUGGGCGGAGGUUGCGAGCUGGCCAUGAUGUGCGAUAUUCUGUAUUGUUCUGAGAAAGCCAACUUUGGGCAGCCGGAGAUCAAGCUUGGGGUUAUUCCUGGGGCUGGAGGGAGUCAGAGGUUGACGAGAGCGAUUGGGAAGAGUCGGGCUAUGGAGUUGAUUUUGACGGGGAAGAGUUUUUCGGGGAGAGAUGCGUAUGAUUGGGGACUUGCGGCGCGAGUUUUUGAGACUCCGGAACAGUGUGUAGACGGUGCGUUGGAUACUGCGGAGCAGAUUGCGAGUUACUCGAGGAUUGCGGUUAAGGCUUGUAAAGAGGUUGUGAAUAAGAGUCAGGAUUUGGGGAUUAGAGAAGGUGUGGAGUUUGAGAGGAGAGUCUUCCAUGGACUGUUUGGAAGUGAGGAUCAGAAGAUUGGCAUGAAAGCUUUUGCAGAGAAGAAGAAGCCGGAAUGGAAGCAUAGGUGA